UCAGUCUACAGAGAGCUCGGAAGAACACACUGUUGUACUUUUGUUUAAACGCACAAAAAUUGUUUAUUUUUCUUUUUCAUUUUUUCGCAUAUUCUUCGACUUCUCUCCCAUGGCGUCUCCUUCCUGUUAUGAACUUGAGGUAAUCUUACAGCUUUGGGAAUCCAAGAAGUGAAAGUGGUGAGCCAGAGAAAAUAAAUCUCAAAAGACCAAUUCUUGCGGUGGCGCCUCUUGAUAGUAUGCCGUAUAUUGGUCCGCCGAUGCCUGGAUUUGCUUGUUCAAAGCUCUUUGAGAAUCCAAGAAGUGAAAGUGGUGCGCCAGAGAAAAUAAAUCUCAAAAGACCGAUUCUUGCGGUGGCGCCUCUUAAUAGUAUGCCGUAUAUUGGUCCGCCGAUGCCAAAUAGCUACACUGCUUCGUUGCCUGCUAAGGACAGUGUGAAUGUGGAAAGGGUUGGACCAGCUAUUAUAUUUUUGUCCUCUUUCACAACACGGGAAGACUGGGAUAAUUUAAUGGCGAGCAACAAACUUGGUGUUGCGCUGACAGGAAGCGCUGCUAUGGGCAAGAUUGGAUCAAUAAUAGGACUAAUGGACAUUGGCGAAUGUGAGGAUUCGUACUUGUUUCGUGUCUCCCUUCCUGGGGUAUCAAGGGAUGAGAGUGAAUUUAGUUGUGACAUUGAACCUGAUGGUAAAGUACUAAUCAAAGGAGUGACUACUACUGGGGAGCAGAUAGUGUGCAAGAACUCCCAAAUCUUUCACAUGCUCACACGAAACUUAUGUCCACCGGGACACUUCUCUAUCUCAUUCCAGCUUCCUGGUCCAGUUGAUCAGCAGCAAUUUUCUGGAUCUUUUGGGACUGAUGGGAUUUUGGAAGGCAUUGUGAAAAAAAGGUGAACCAAAUUUUUUUUUUCUUUGUUGCUGUAAGCAAUGCAUUCGACAAUGGAGCCUGGCUUUGUUUGAGUAAUGGACUUCGUGCAAUUAGUGUAUUAUAUUUUAGAGAACGUUGAAGAAGAAUGUAGCUCAAGAACUUAGCUGAAUAUUGGAAUAUGAUAAGCUCUUGUGAUGCGGAGAGCUCAGUUAAGUUGCAUUGUAUUAUGCAAGAUUUGACUUUUUAAAGUCAAGAUUUUUUGCUUUAUUUCUUCUCUCUAGACUUGUGUUCUUAUUAGUCUCUAGUCAUUUGGCUUGGUCACGAUAUUUCCUUUGCUGUAAAGUUUAUCCGGUACAAGAUCAGUUACUUGUGAAAGUGUGGGGGGAUGAAGAAAACUGUUUUCUGCACCGUUUUCCUCCCUUUGCAUUAGAGUUGGACUUUUUUCUUGUUUUUUUUUCUUUUUUUUUCCUUUUCUUUUCUCUCCUCUUCUGAAAAUGUCCUUUUGAUGGGAUAAUUUUGCGAGAGUAACUUGCCGUUGUAAUUUUCACCGUGCUCGCUCUUACAGCAACAUUUAUUGUUGGAAGAGUGUCGGAUAAACAUUGUUCUUUAUGACUUUAGCCUAUAUCAUGCUAGUAAUAAAUUAUCUUUGAAGUAAUUUGCAUUUAGAUCAUGUUGCCAGAGAUUCAGCUAAAUUUAUUAAAUUUUAAAAGAAAACAUGUUUAAGCCA